GGAGCUCUAAGAAGAAAGGAGGAGCCUUUCCGGGGAAUAAACGGAGAGGAAAAGGGUGUGCUCCCCCCCCCCUUGUGCAAAAGUUACUCCUCUCGUGCCCCGCCCCUUGUCCAGGAUUCCCCUCCCCCCAGGGCCCCAUCCCUCAGCCACGUCAGCCGGGAGCCCAGAUCCAGCGCAAGGCGGUGGAGUGGGGGGGAAAGGGGGCUUCCCCCCCAAAGAUCAGGAUCUCUGCCCCCUACCCCCGUUUGCUCCAGCCAGGAUGGUGCUACUUACUAUGAUAAGUCGCGUCCAAGACGGGCUCCUCUUAGCGGCGUCCAUGCAAGAAACAGAGCAGUCAAACCGGAACUUCCAGGAAUAUCACAACCAAGCCAAACAACUUUUCCGGAAACUUGGGGAACAUUCACCUACACGAUGCUCCCUAGAAGCCGGACCAAUGACUUUCCACUACUUGAUCAGCCAAGGCGUUUGCUACUUGACGCUGUGCGAAGCCGGGCAGCCCAAGAAGCUGGCGUUCUCCUACUUGGAAGAGCUGCAAGCAGAGUUUUGGGAGCUGUAUGGGAAGAAGGUGCCCUUUGUGUCGAGGCCUUAUGCCUUCAUUGAAUUCGACACGUACAUCCAGAAGCUGAAGAAGUCGUACCUGGACACCUGGUCAAAGCGCCACCUGAACAGCAUCAACAUGGAGCUGCAAGACGUGCAGAAGAUCAUGGUCACUAACAUUGAAGAGGUCCUCCAGAGGGGAGAGGCCUUGUCAGCUCUGGAUUCCAAGGCCAGCAGCCUGUCGACUCUCUCCAAGAAAUACCGCCACGACGCCAAACUUCUCAACAGCCGCUCAGCGUACGCCAAAGCCGCCGCCACCAGCCUGGUUUUUGUGGUGAUAAUGCUUUACAUACGCUUCUGGUGGCUGGUUUGACGGCUCCUCGCUCUCCCCGAAAUCUCUUCGGGCUCACCUUCUAGGGGGGUCGUGAAGAAAAAAGGGGGCUUUCUCCCUCCUGUCUUGUUCAAGGCCAAACCAGGGCCUGCUGCUGGAGAAACAGGAACUUCCAAAGGAUCCUGGGCUGUUCCUCUUGUUACAAAGGGAUGUUUUUUUCUUAAAUCGACAUGGCACCUUUCGCCACUUGGUGGCUGAAACUGGAACGACUGUUGUUAGAAAAUGCAGUACUAUGGCUAUUUAUAAAUGUUAACAGCUAUGAUUUUGCUUUUAGAGUAUAAAAGGUAUCUUAUGCUUUCCUCUGCCAACUGUAAAAUGGGCAGAGGGAGUUUAGUGUAGGAAAGAAGGGAAGCACAUUUCCUGAUAAAUAGCAGGCUUGACAUUCAACUGGUAACACUCCUGUUCUUUUAGUCCCAUGUCCAAACAAGUUGCAUCUGUUGAACUUCUGCCUGCCUUACAGCUGCCGCGAGCACUGACAAAAAUAGUAAAGCAACCCCAGGUUUGUCUGGGGGAUGCAGCUGUUAUAGCGGGCCUGAUUAAGCUGUGUAGGCUGGACUUCUCAGGUCUUUUGAUCAAUCUGUGUUCGUUGCCUGCUUUACAACUGCGAGAAACAAGUGGAGCGGCAUCCGUUGAAGAUCUGCCUGCCAUGCAGGAAUUUGACAUGCCUUUCAUCCCUGCCUAACAAAUGGCCGCAUUAAAAGACAUUAAAAUGGUGGGUUGAUGUUUACCGUAGAAGUGGAUACUUUUGCAAUAAAUUUUAUUUUUCAGGAA